AGCAUGAGUACAGAAAAGAGCCAAAAUAGUAUUGUUUCAAGGAUCAAAGUUUUUGAAUCCCAAGGAACUAAUGAUACCUCAGGAUUAUCAAAAAAGCCAGAAAUUGCCCCUCGUUCAUUCGCCCCAAGAUCUGUUACUACAAAGAAGCCAGUAGUUGCUCCAAAACCAGGGGUGAGCAGAAUUUCAGAAGACUGGGAUGCAUGGACUGAAAGCAAAUCAACACCUUCCAAGGAAUUGCAGCCUCAACCUGAAGUAGCUGGGAGCAGUGUUGGAACCAAACCUGAACUGCCAAAGAAGCCCAAACCUGGCCUUGUUAAAAGUAGCAGUAGUGAUUUUCUUGAUACAAGGAGUGGAUCAGUUGCAGAAAACAGCAAUGGACAAAAGAGAUUUCCUGUUCCUGCUCCAAGGCCUCUCAUUCCUAAAAAGUCCUGUUACACUGAAAAUCCUGCCCUUUCUUUGGCCUCACUGAAACCGAUUGCUGCUCCUCCACACGCUUCUGUAUCUGCCCAAGAAAAGGUUUUAAAGUCUCUGGAGGAAUUGUCCCCUGCAGCCAAUGCCUCAGCACCUGCUUUGCAAAAUAAACAAGAUGUGGAAGGAGAUCUGAUCAGUUUUGAUGAUGACGUUUUGCCCCUGAGUCCAGUUUAUGUAGUUAAAGAUAGCAUCAGUGCUGAAGCAGCAGCAGAUCCAUUUCAGUUCCUCACCAAAAGUGAGCCUGCAAAGGAACAGACAGCUCAACCAUCUUCAGCUCGGAAACCCACUGUGAUCCGAAUCCCAGCUAAACCUGGGAAAUCUUUAAAUGACAUCCCACAUAGCCCUCCACCACUUCCAGCUGAAAAGCCUAUUGGGAACACGUCCAGUAUCACAGUGGGAAAACCCAACAGUGGUGACCUAGUGAAAAAAGGGGCAUUGGAUCUUUCAGAACAGAGUGGAGUGCCUCAGAUAGAACCUGUGCUACCCCCCAGGCCUGUGGAUGGAAAGAUUAUACCUGCUCGACCUCCUCCACCUAAAGGUGUUCCUGGAAGGCCACCUCCACCAAAACUCUCUGCAGCCAAGACCUCCUCCCAGAAGGAUGUUCUUUCACGAUCUAUUUCUGACAUUGCUUCUGAUAAAAAAGCCAGCAAGUUCAAAUUGGGACCCAAGAGAGCAAAAAGUGCAGUCUUUAAAAAUCCAGACCCAGCAUUACCUCCUAGACCUAAACCAGGUCAUCCUCUCUACAAUAAAUACAUGCUACCUGUGCCUCAUGGAGUUGCCAAGGAAGAUUGUCUUCCUAGGAAUGCUGGAGAUGUGUCCUGUAAGCACAGGGACAUUCUGCUUAUGGAGCAGAGCAACAGUAAUUACUUGAAGUGCCAGAAGGGAGAGGAGACUGGUAACGCCCGGUCUCAGAGGAAAAUAAUCACUCCCUUGGCUGAGUAUCUGAGAAAACAACAUUGUGUCCAAAGUCAGGAAGUUACCUUUGGAGUAUGUAACAAAGAACCUCUGACAGUAUCUUCUGUGAUUUAUAACCUACUUGGAUUUAUUUGUUGUUGUCAGGAUUCAAACCACCCUCCAAAAGUUUCUGAGCCAAGUGCACCUCAUGCUGUAGUCCUGCAUGAUUUUCCUGCAGAGCAUGCUGAUGACUUGGACCUUCAUUCUGGAGACAUCGUUUGUCUUUUGGAGAAAAUCGAUGCCGAGUGGUACCGAGGAAAAUGUGGGAAUCGCACAGGGAUAUUUCCUGCCAGCUUUGUUAAAGUAGUUAUUGAUGUUCCAGAAGAAGCCAACAGGAAAAAAAUACCCUCUUCAACUCGGUGUAUGAAAGGCCCAAGAUGUGUAGCACGAUUUGAAUACAUUGGAGAUCAGAAAGAUGAGCUCAGUUUUUCAGAAGGUGAAACUAUUAUCCUGAAAGAAUAUGUAAAUGAAGAGUGGGCCAAAGGAGAGCUCAGAGGCACGUCUGGAAUUUUCCCCUUGAAUUUUGUGGAAGUAAUUGAAGAUCUGCCCGGAACAGGUAUGAAUAUGUUUGCAAAAAUCUUCCAGAACAUGAACAACAGGCGCUCGGUAGAGUGGUGUGAGGCGCUCCAUGAUUUUACAGCAGAAACCAAAGAUGAUUUGUCCUUCAGAAAGGGAGACUACAUCCAAAUCCUGGAACAAGUAGAUUUGGAGUGGUAUAGAGGAAGACUGAAUGGAAAGGAAGGGAUUUUCCCAGCAGUUUUUGUUCAGACCUGCUCAGCCAGGGUAGAGCUGUCACAGUCUGUAGGAGGGAAGAAGAGAAAAGCCAAAGCUCUUUAUGAUUUUCAUGGAGAAAAUGAAGAUGAGCUUUCCUUCAAAGCAGGUGAUAUGAUAACAGAGCUGGAAUCUGUAGAUGAGGACUGGAUGAGUGGAGAGAUACAAGGAAAGUCUGGGAUAUUUCCCAAGAACUUCGUUCAGAUUUUAAAAGCACCAUGA